AAAAUGGCUACAAAAGCAACAACAAUAAAAGAAGCAAUUAAACGCUGGGAAGAAAAAACCGGCCAACAUGCAAGCCAGGCUACAGAAGUUAGUUUAGUUUUUCAAUGGCCACCAAUAGAAAAAAUGGACAACACCCUUGCUACCCUGGUUAAUUGCGAAAAACUCAGCUUGUCUACAAACAUGAUCGAAAAGGUCACAGGAUUGAAUAGCUUAAAGAAAUUACGAGUGCUAUCACUCGGCAGGAAUUAUAUCAAAACAUUUUCAGGAAUGGAAUCGCUUAGUGAUACAUUAGAAGAGCUUUGGAUAUCUUAUAAUUUAGUGGAAAAAUUAAAGGGAAUCAACGUUUUAAGGAAUUUAAGAGUUUUGUAUAUGAGUAAUAAUUUGGUAAAGGAAUGGAGCGAAUUCAAUAAAUUGCAGGAGUUACCAAAUCUAGAAGAUCUAUUGUUUGUUGGUAAUCCACUUUAUGAUGGCUGUGAACUAGACGUGUGGAGAUCUGAAGCAGCAAGACGUCUUCCUGGGCUCAAGAAGCUGGAUGGUGAGACAGUGCUGCGAGAGGAUGAUCCUCCAUUAACAGUUGCUGAUUUAGAACCUGAUGGGGGAGAUGCUGUGGAGACUCUUGUUAGUGCUGAGACAAAUGAUUAGUCAAUCAAUAAAAUAAUUAAAACUAAUUGGGUUGCUUCU